AUUCCAAUAUCAAAUCGAUCCCUCAAACUAACCAAAAAAAAGAAGCCAUCUAUCAUGACCGAAGACUCCACAGAAGACUACCUCCUAGACCACCACCAUCAGGAAGAAACUCUUCCAACAACCACCGCAGUCACCGCCACCAACAAUUCCGGCAAGCUAUCCAUCAUCCCCCUCAUCUUCCUCAUCUACUUCGAGGUAUCCGGUGGAGCAUACGGCGAGGAGGCAGCUGUGGGUGCCGCUGGUCCUCUCUGGGCCAUACUCGGUUUCCUUGUUUUCCCUUUCAUAUGGAGCAUACCCGAGGCCUUGAUCACGGCCGAGCUCGCCACCGCCUUCCCCGGUAACGGAGGCUACGUUAUCUGGGCUCACGAGGCUUUCGGACCAUUCUGGGGUUCACUCAUGGGGUCCUGGAAGUUCCUAAGUGGAGUGAUCAACUUAGCAUCGUACCCUGUUCUUUGCGUCGACUACAUCAAGUUAGUUUUCCCGAUUCUCUCCUCCGGGUUGCCUCGGUAUGUUGCGAUACUGUUGUCGACAUUGUUCCUUUCUUUCUUGAACUACACAGGUCUGGUCAUAGUCGGGUACACAGCAGUAUGUUUAGGGGUAGUUUCACUUCUGCCAUUCGUAUUAUUAGCUUUGUUUUCGAUUCCAAAGAUCGAUCCGAGCAGAUGGAUUAGUUUAGGACAGAAAGGAGUAACAAAAGAUUGGUCACUGUUCUUCAAUACCCUUUUUUGGAACCUAAAUUUCUGGGACAAUGCCAGUACCUUAGCAGGGGAAGUGGAACAACCACAAAAGACAUUCCCCAAAGCCCUUUUCUCAGCUGGAUUGCUCACUUGUUUAGCUUAUUUAGUGCCUCUUUUAGCUGCAACCGGAGCUAUACCACUAGACCAGGAAAACUGGGUUGAUGGGUAUUUCGCUGAUGCAGCUCAAAUCAUUGCAGGAAAAUGGUUAAAAGUGUUCAUUGAAAUCGGUGCUGUUUUAUCAAUCAUUGGACUGUACGAAGCACAAUUGAGCAGCUGCGUUUACCAGCUUCUAGGAAUGGCUGAUUUAGGAUUUUUGCCACGGUGUUUCUCUGUGAGAUCCAAGUGGUUCAACACGCCUUGGGUGGGAAUUCUGGUGUCGACGUCGAUAACCGUCGCGGUUUCGUACAUGGACUUUUCGGACUUGAUUUCGUCGGUUAAUUUCUUAUACAGUUUAGGCAUGCUACUCGAAUUCGCAUCAUUCCUUUGGUUGAGGAGAAAAUCGCCAACAAUCAAAAGGCCAUUCAGAGUGCCCAUGAAGUUGCCUGGUCUGACCGUGAUGUGCUUGAUUCCUUCUGGGUUUCUGGUGUAUAUCAUGUUAGUGGCUACCGGAAAUGUGUUCUUGGUGAGUUCUAUAGUCACGGUUCUUACAAUCAUCUGGUACUUUGCAAUGAAUUUCUGCAAAUCCAAGAAGCCGGCCAUUGUGGAGGAUGAGGCUUAUUUGGAAUAGGAUGAACUUGUAUUCCUAUUUUUAUCUCAAAAUUAUUACCAUGUUCAA